CUGGGGGCGGGGCCCGGCCGUCGCCCCGCCCCCCACCUCCCCGGCGGGCGGGGUGGGGCGGGGCAGCUGCAGCUGCGGCAGGAGGAGGCUGGAAAAUGGCGGCGGGGCCCCUGAAUUCCAGACAAGGCCUUGGUGUGAGGGAUUCCAGGUGGGCAGUGUGAUCUAGUGGCCUGAGCCCUGGACUGGGGACUCGGGAUACCAACGUUCUAUUUCCAGCUCUGCUACUGGCCUGCAGAGUCACCUUAGAUCUGAAUCACCUCCAGCUCUCUGCGUGCUGCUCCCUGGCUCUGAAAAUGCCUCGGUCCAUCCCCCACCUAGUCUGCCAGUGCUGCUUUCGGUGCAGAAGUGCCACACUACGGGCAUUUUCUACCACACUUUCAAACUGGUCUGGCUGCAGCAAUUACUAUGACCUACUGGGAAUCAAGAAAGAUGCCACCAUGGAAGAGAUCAAACAAGCCUUCUUCGCCAAGUCAAAGAAGGAGCAGCCACGUGCCUUGUGCUAUCCAGGCCCCACCUCAGGGAAGAGUUACCUGCACCCUGACAGCGACCCCAACAACCCCAACCUGCACAGCCAGUUCGUCCAGCUGAAUGAGGCCUACCGGGUGCUGAGCAAGGAGGGCAGCAGGAGGCUCUAUGACAGUCAGUGGGCCUGGCACGCAGCCAGGCCCACCGCGGGCAGCAGCCCCAAGCACAGCCCCUUCGACUUUACAGACCUGGGACCCAGGCCCAGCAGCCGAGGGCCCGAUGAGAACAUGCGCUACUGGGAGCAGUUCCGCACUCACCACGCCGAGACCUUCUCAGGCACCCAGGCCAAGCAGAGGCAACACUGGAACCGGAAGCUCUUUGGCUACUGCCUCCUCCUUAUGCUGGCCAGUGUGGCCGCCCACUACGUAGCCUACAGGAAGCUGGAGGAGGUGCAUACCAGCUUCAUGGACAAGAAGGACAAGCUCAUAACCAGCAUCUACAAUGAAUCCAAGGAGCGGGCCAGGGCCAAUGGCUUCCAGAAGCAGCAGGAGCUCCUGCGCCAGAAACACGCAGAGUUCACAGAGCGCUACCGCAUCCGGCACAGCGGGGACAGUGCCCAGAAGUGACAAGUGCUCUGGACACUAUAUGGAGGGGACUGUGUGCCACGGAUGCUCUAUGGGGAACACCUCACACACACACUUGUCCCCUCCCUUCAAUAAAUCACUGCCCAUGGCCCCUG